CUAUAUUCAUGUCGGAAGUACUAACGCUCUUUCCAGUGUCUCCCCAAAACAAGCCACCAUGCCCAAGGAGACAUUCCGUAAGCUGAUCCAAAUCGGCCGGGUGGUUUACCUCAAUGAGGGGCCGUAUCGGGGCAAGCUGGCCGUCGUUGUGGACAUCAUUGACUGCAACAAGGCACUGAUUGACGGGCCAUGCUCAGGUGUUCCCCGGCAAGCGUUCAAGUUCUCCGAGAUGUUCCUGACAAAGUACUUGCUGAAGAUUAACCGCAGCCAGAGGUCCAAGAUCCUGAGAAACGCGUGGGAGGCAGAGCAGAUUAAUGAGAAGUUUGCCGCCUCCAAGUGGAAUCAGAACCUGGAGAAGGAAGUUGUGCGUUCCAACAUGACUGACUUUGACCGGUACAAGCUGGGACGCGCCCGGCAGAGCAGGAACAGGCUCCUUAACCGAGUCCACAACCACAUCAGGAAACAGCACUUCAAGGCUCUCCGGGUGGCCAAGAUGAAGAAGGAUAAGAAAUCCAAGUAGAACUGACUGGAUGAAAUAAUAAUAAAGUUUAUCGUCAUGGA